UUGCCUAAGUUGAGAAUUGCAAAAUAUAAUUUGUCACUGCAAAGUUGUAAAAGCAAAAAGACCUGCUCGCACAAAUACUACUAGAUCAGAAGAAUCCGAAGAGGAAAAGGAAGAAGACAGUGGAACGAUGGCGAGGUACGACAGAGCCAUAACGGUGUUUUCUCCUGAUGGCCAUCUCUUCCAAGUCGAAUACGCGCUCGAAGCUGUGCGCAAGGGUAACGCCGCCGUCGGCGUACGUGGCACCGACACCAUCGUUCUCGGAGUCGAAAAGAAGUCCACUGCCAAGCUCCAGGACUCCAGAUCAGUGAGGAAGAUCGUGAACCUGGAUAAUCACAUUGCUCUAGCCUGUGCUGGGCUCAAAGCAGAUGCUCGUGUUUUGAUAAACAAGGCUAGGAUUGAAUGUCAAAGCCACAGGCUUACUGUUGAGGAUCCAGUAACAGUUGAGUAUAUAACGCGUUACAUUGCUGGUCUUCAGCAAAAGUACACACAAAGUGGUGGUGUGAGACCAUUUGGUCUUUCAACUUUGAUUGUUGGGUUUGAUCCAUACACGGGUUCACCAUCACUAUACCAGACAGAUCCUUCUGGGACUUUUUCAGCAUGGAAAGCUAAUGCAACUGGAAGAAACUCCAAUUCGAUAAGGGAAUUUCUGGAGAAGAACUUCAAAGAAACUUCUGGGCAAGAAACCAUAAAGCUUGCAAUCCGUGCUUUGCUUGAGGUUGUUGAAAGUGGGGGAAAAAACAUAGAAGUGGCUGUGAUGACUAAGGAUCAUGGUCUGCGGCAACUUGAAGAAGCUGAAAUUGAUGCUAUUGUUGCUGAGAUAGAAGCAGAGAAAGCGGCUGCUGAGGCGGCAAAGAAGGGCCCUCCUAGGGAAACAUGAUCUUGUAUCAUCCUAUUUUCAUUUUGCAAGUUUAUUUUACUAGCUCUGGUUGAUGUCCUCCGCCUUGCUGUUCUUUUGGAGUUGUACUUUGCACUUGCUGUGGCUUAAACUGAUCACUGUCAUCAGCACUUAGUAUUCUCAUGAGCUUCAAAACUGCUAGUUAUUACUGCUAAUAUUUUCAAAUGGAUUGGGAUUUGCUUAAUUAAGUUUUAAUUGAGACUGGUAGCGUCAUUGUCUUUUAA